AUGGUUCUUCAUCGUCGUGGCCUCAACGUGAAACAGGGUCCUCAAUGGGUGCCUGGCAUAUGGUUGGGCAAUACUGAACAAGAAGAUCUCCAUGUGGUUGCUACGUGCGAUGGCAUCACCAAGGGCAAGGCUAUUCUCCGCACGUCCACCGCAUGGAGGCCCAUUUGGCUUUUCUUGGUGAAGGACAAGCCCUACCAAAGCACACGCAAGAGGGUCCCUAGAACCCUCACGUUUGGUGGCACUGUGACACCAAAGCCUGUGACCCAUGUUCAACCAGAAGGUCAAGAUGAAGAGACAAUCGACUAUGAUGCUCGAGAUGUUCGAGACUAUGCAGAGCGACGCCCCCAUGACACUGAUGAUGAGGGUGAUGGACUUCAAGAAGAACAAGAUCGAAAGCGAGAGGCUGAGGAUGAAAGUUUUUCUCCACGGAAAACGGUGAAGCUUCAAGAUGGUGGAGACCAAGAAGUUGGAGAUGAACAUCCCCCAAUCCUCUCUGAGAGCGAGCUGGAGAUUGUGGAUCAGGCGGCCGGGUUUGAAGAGAUCAGCCGUCUUUUGGACAUGAAGGUUUUGCGUGAACCAACGCCUGAAGUGCGCGAACGUGGCACUCUCCUCACAACAAGGUCAGUCUAUGAUUGGCGAAACCGUGGUGGUUGGAAGAGGAGGUGCAGGUAUGUGGCAAGGGAGUUCAAGGGCUAUUCCAAGAACACGGCCGAGACAUUUGCUCCCACGGCUGGAAUUGGAAGCAGGCUGAUUUUGCUGCUCCAUGUCUAUUUGGGAUGGUGUUUGUCUUUUGUGGACAUCAAGGAUGCUUUUCUCCUGGUAGAUCAACAAAAAUGUGUCUUAGUGGAAGAAGUGCAAGAUGGCACUGAUGGCGUUUGGAUUUUAGGGAAGUGCCUGCCUGGGCAAAGAAACGCCGCUGCUCGUUUCUUCACCUUUGUGAGCAAGCAUCUUGAGGAAUUGGAGAUGGAGAAUACACCCUUGGUGCCAAGCCUGUUUCGGCAUCGCACACGUCAAGUAGCUCUUUGCUCUCAUGUAGAUGAUUGGGUUCUUUGUGGAGAACAAGGUGAUCUUUUGUCGUUGGUUUCUAGGAUCAAGGAGAAGUUCACCAUUUCAGGUGGGGAUGUGAUCCCUGCACCGGACCAAGAUCCGCAAGAUGCAGUUCGCUUCUUAAAGAAGAGGCGCUUUUUCACAACUGAAGGCGUGGUGGUUGCCCCGCAUGAGAAGUACGUGGACGAACUCAUCAAGAUGUUUCAAGUUGAAGGCUACAAGCCAAAGCCUACGCCCGACAUUUCACAAUGA